CUUCCCUAUUGGCUUUUUUUUAAUCUUAUAUUUUUAGAUUACUUUGGUCAGACCUCUGUGCAGUCUGUGCAAAAUGUGCUGUCUAGUAAAGAUGGUGCAAACUGUCCUGUUCCUGCUUCUGCUCAACAUCUUGGCCUGCUGGGGUUAUGGUUUUAGAGGCUGCUCUCGUAACUACCCUGAGACUGACAUAAUGUGGUGUUUCAACCGGAACAUCGCCAACCUGUCGGAUGUCAUUCGCAUGCUCCCUGAUAACAUAACAACCAUCAACCUGUCCAAGAACAAGAUCGCAGUCAUCCCACCUGGAUCAUUCAGCCAGGUGCUCGGACUUAAAAAGUUGGACCUGAGCCUAAACCAGCUGGUGUCUCUAAAAGGAGGAGAAUUCAGAGGCCUGGAUGUCCUGGAUCAUCUCAACCUUACCAGCAAUAACAUGUCCAGCAUCCACUCCAGCACCUUUGAGGGACUCGCCAUGUUAAAAACACUUCUUCUGCCCUACAACAGACUUGCAACAAUCUCACUGGGUAUGUUUAAUUACCUUCCAGCAAUUCAAGUCGUCGAUCUGUCUUUCAACAUGCUGAAGUCUUUGCUCUGUGAAGAGUCUGGAGGCUCCUCCACUCUUAAGCGUCUUGAUCUUUUUGCGAACAGCAUCCAGAGGGUAAAUGUGAGCUGUUUCCCUGCCCUUGAGUACAUCAGGCUGUCCAACAAUUCUAAGCUGAAGCUGCAGGCAGAUGUUUUCGCCUCCAACCCCAGGCUGAAGAGUCUGCUUCUUCAGAGAGUUAAAAUAGAAGAGCUGAUGGGACUCUCUGUGGAGACAAAGAAGAAUCUCACUUGGGUGGCAUUUUCUCUGUUUUUGGACAAAUCUCCUCUGACUAUCUGUGGAGUGCUGAAAGAAAUGGACCAGCUUGAGAAAAUAGAGGUUGACCUGAAGGGAUCUAAGAUACCUCAACAAAACUCCAGCCUGCUGGACUGUGCCACACCACCAGUGGUCAUUAUUAUCGAUGCAAACCUUGGAAAUGUUGCCCCUUUGUCGCUGGGUAAAGGAAACACAAGCAAACUUUAUCUCAUUAACUGUGGCUUGAAGCAGGUAUCUCACAGUACAUUUAAUGGUCUCCAAGGACUGGAAAUGCUGCAGAUGAAUCAAAACAAGGUCGUCAUUCAGCCGGACACAUUCAAAGGACUGGCCAGUCUCACCUUUUUAAGUCUUGACAAGAGCAAAAUACGAGACAUUGACCCAAACUGGUUUUACCCUCUGAAGAGUCUUACUUGUCUCUCUCUCCUGAAAAAUGAAAUCUUUGAGUUGACACCAAAGGUAUUCACUUCCCUCACCCAACUUCAGCAGCUCUACUUGCAGUUCAACCUGUUAAAAUACAUCACAAAGAAGCCUUUCAGUAAGCUAAAGGCGCUAAAGAAGCUCAACCUCAGUCUGAACCUCAUAGAUUUCAUUGAAGAGGGCUCUUUCGAAGACCUGACAGAUCUCAGAUACCUGGACUUAAGUGGGAACCGCAUCAAGAGGCUGACUCCAGCUAUUCUGUCUGGACUUCAAAAUUUGAGAAAAUUUGUUCUGUACAACAACCGCCUCUAUUUUAGAUCUUAUGAAACUCCUUUCAUCAACCUCUCUUCUCUGGAGUAUCUGGAGAUGAACUACCAGGGGCCUGGAGGUCGGGGCAUUGGGGAUAUUGGGCCGCAUUUCUUCAAAGGUCCACAUCAACUCACCUCAAUUGCCAUUGGACACAGCAUCAUGGUCAACUUCCACCAUGAUGCAUUUGCUCCUCUGGUGAAUUUGAAGUUCCUGUACAUAGCUGGGGUGGUUAUGAAAACGACCAACCUGAGUGCAUCGUUUACCCCUCUGAAAAAGCUGAAGAGGCUGACUCUUUACAGGGCAGACCUAGACGCCCUGCCGGCUAACCUGCUACCUCCAGAUAAUACACUGGAAAUUCUCAAAGUCCAAUCAAACCACCUCCGCACUGUGGACAAAACGAUGCUGGAUUCUCUGCCAAGAUUGCGUGUUUUGGACAUUACAGAAAACCCACUCACCUGUACUUGUGAUAACGGCUGGUUCAAGAGCUGGGCUAUCCACAACGCUCAGACACAGGUGUCCUACCUGUACAACCUCCAAUGUGACAAUGACAGAAGAUCUCCCUACCUGUGGCAGUUCGAUGAUAAGGCCUGCUCCUAUGAACAGGCUUCCUUCAGCCUCUUCAUCACUUGCUCUGUGAUAGAUGUGUUGUUUGUACUCUUGUGUCUGCUCUGGCACGUACAUGGCCCUGCCAUGCGGUACCUGCUGCUCAUCUACAAGGCCAAACUGCGUGGGCGUAGGGGGGGCACAGGGCCCAAAUUCCAGUAUGAUGCCUUCAUUUCCUACAGCUCUAAGGAUGAGGCCUGGGUGAUGGGACAGCUGGUGCCCAAUCUAGAGAGGCCUGCUGCUGGAGCACAGAGGCUCAGACUGUGCCUCCACCACAGAGACUUCCGCCCCGGCGCUGCAGUUCUGGAUAACAUCGAGGCGGCCAUCUACAGCUCCCGCCACACCAUCUGUGUGGUGACACGUCACUUCCUGCGCAGUGAGUGGUGCUCUGUUGAGUUUCAGCUGGCCAGUCUCAGGCUGCUGUGUGAUGGCAGUGACGUCCUGCUGCUGGUGUUCCUGGAAGACAUACCUGAACACUGUCUGUCUCCCUACACACGCCUGCGCAAGAUUGUCCGCAAGAAGACAUACCUGCUGUGGCCUGAGAAACCACAAGAGCAGGACGCUUUCUGGGUCAGACUGAUAGAUGCUUUGAAAGGCAAUGAGGAGGAAGAGGAGGGGGGAAGAGGAGGGGAGGACGAGUUGGCUCGGCUGAUUGGCUAACUAUUUUAAAACACCUGUAGUAAUGUUUUAAUAGCCUGUAAAGUGUGCAUUGUAAUCAUUUAACAAGUCAAAACCAAAGUACUUUUUCUGAUUACCACUCCAUGGCCUGUAAAGUGUGGUGUGCAUUGCAUAAAUGUAUUUAGUUACUUUCCAAAUAGCAGCUCCUCUGUACUUCUUGACAUUGAUUUCUGUCACCAUUGAUGUUUAAUGCAAUGUUUUGAGGAUUUCCAUUAUUCCAGGGCACCACACUUCACUUCAACAUGAAUGACCGGAAAAAAAAUACCUGAAAGAUUUCCAAA